AAGGGUUGCUUUGGGAAUCAGCGGUAAGUAGCGGAGAACCUCUGCUCAUCAAGCUACACAUUCGGCUUCACGUUUAGCUCGGCUACGACGGGAUACGCAUUGUCGAUGGAGGCUAUAGGGAUUUUCACGCUUUGUAUAUGGAAUCUUGAAAAAUUGUGACGAGCUAUCGCAGGGUUGAAAACACAUGUGUUUAAGAGAAGAUUGACAGCAGCUGUGAGAUAGAAUUUGGAAAAGAUGGAAAAACGCGUGGAACCACUGAUAGAAGCAAAUGGGAAUACACAGUUAAUGGGCAUACUUGCUGCUGUAUUUGCCAUAAUAUUAACACUCGUUCUUUUUGCAUUAUGGCGAAGGGGAAAGUCUGUAGGUCGCAGUGUUCUUUUUACUGGCCUCACCGAUGCUGGAAAAACAUUGCUAUUUGCAAGACUAUUACAGUCUAAAUAUGUUAAGACCUAUACCUCCAUCAAAGAGAACACAGGAGAUAUCAUAAUUGAAAAUAGCUCUUUACGUAUAGUUGAUAUUCCUGGUCACGAACGUUUACGUUACAAAUUUUUUGACAAGUACAAAUCAUCUGCGAGAGGACUUGUUUAUGUCAUUGAUUCUGUAACGUUCCAAAAAGACAUCAGAGAUGUGGCUGAACUUUUAUAUACUUUGCUGUCAGAUUCUGCAAUUCAGCGAAAUAUUCCAGUAUUGAUUCUGUGCAAUAAGCAGGACCAAACAAUGGCUAAAGGAUCUACAGUUAUCAAGACUCUACUUGAAAAAGAAAUGAAUCUAUUGCGCCUGACAAAGAACAAUCAGUUGGAAGCUACCGAUGCUUCUUCAGCAAAUUCAUUCCUUGGGAAACAAGGAAAAGAUUUUGAAUUCUCUCAUCUUACUUCGAGAGUAGAUUUUGCAGAAUGUAGUGCUUUUUGUAAAGAUCCUGAUUCUUCAGUAGAUAUUAACCAACUCAACAAAUGGUUGUACGAAAUAGUUUAGAAAAUAUCUGAAUGAAUUUCUAAUUUAUUAUUUCCAUCUCUGUUUUUUUAAUCACUGCGUUUAUCAUAUCUGUAAAGAACUGUUAUGAAAUCUAUAUACAAUACUUUGGUAAAAUGUUA